AUGAAUUUAAUUAGUGAAAAACUUUUGGAAUUUGACAGAAAUUUAAGUGAAUAUUUUGCAAAAAUUGGAUCGAAUGAAAUUGGGAAGAAAUUAAGAAUCGAGAAAAUUUGUCAAAUUUUGGAAUGGAUUAUGCAUGGAAUUCCGUGGAUUUUAGGCGUCUUUAUUUUAAUCAUUUUGGCUCGCUAUGAUAAUUGGUCUAAUACAGAAAUUGAUUUUUUAAAUUUAUUGGCUAUUGCUUUAUUUUUUGAUUUGGCUUUGGUGGGGAUAUUGAAAAUAAUAUUUAGACGAGACAGGCCUAAAUAUAAUAAAGGAAAGAUAAUUCUUGGUGCUCCAAUUAUUGAUGAUUUUUCUUUUCCUUCUGGACAUACUUCCAGAACUAUAAUGCUUGUUAUUAUUUUUAUUUGUGUUAAGGUAAGUAAAAAUAAUUUUAAAAAUAAACGUUUAAAUAUUUGA